AUGGCGACGGUAGCGGCAACAUCGAAAGUGGACUGCGCUCAAGGAAAAAACGGGAAAAACAAUCCUUCAUCCACCGCACAAGGUGUAGGCACAGGAUCGGCAGAAAUGAUAGACGCUGAGAUGCGAAGAAGACAGAUGAAAUUAAAUCGGAGGGCACAAAGGAAACGGCGUAAGGCCAGAAUGAAAGCAAAACGAAAGGAGGAGGAAAUGGCCAAAAAACGCGCGGAGGUCGAAAACCAAGUCUGUGUUAUGCUUGCAUCUGUACAGUCCGACUUAAACAGCCUUGUUGAAGCCGAGAAACGAAAAUCAGAGCAGUAUCUGUCUCUUGCGAGGAAGUAUUACACGAUGUGGAAGACACUGAAUGAUGAAAGAGCUUGCCGACAGCGCGAAGCGAAGGCAUGGAGUCCAGAGGAAAGGGAUAAGCUUAAUUGCGUAAGUUUCUUCAGCGUUCUCCAUUUAUACUACUUGAUAGUCUUGUUCUUCCCUAAAACAGGGUUGGUUAACAGGUUUUCACCACUGUAGGGAGCUCAAUUUUGUAAAACAUAGUUCGUCAAAUUAUUAAUGUGCCCUUAAACAAAGGAGCCUUUUGUUUUCCGAGGCGCUGCGUCUCGGAUUGACAUAUUGGAAUAGGGGGGAAAUAACACGAACUAUAGUUAUGGGCUUUUUGUGUGUAUGGCCCUCUCUGGCUGGUAAUUCCUCUGGCUAAUAAAGUCAUUUGACCUCAAAUCUGUCCGAAGUAACAUCUCAAACCAAAUCGAACUAAUUCGAACACAUUCGAGCCCUCACCAAAAAAAAAAAACGUUUGAGCAAUAACUUUUGAUUGUGUUCAUUUGCGCUUGGUUGAGUAUGGUUAGUUAGAUUGCACUCGAUUAGGUUUGAUGGCUUACACUUUGAGGUUGGAUGAUGACUGAAAAAUAGUGGUCAACUUUGGAUCGAUGGAUGGAUUGUACAAUGUAUUGGAAACAGGAUUAUGCACAUAGUAACACAGGCAUGCCUGGUUUCCAUAUGAUCGUCCUGUUUGUUCCAGCAAAUGACCCGGACGACUGAGACAACCUCGAUCGGUUGGAUAGAGUUGANACGAACUAUAGUUAUGGGCUUUUUGUGUGUAUGGCCCUCUCUGGCUGGUAAUUCCUCUGGCUAAUAAAGUCAUUUGACCUCAAAUCUGUCCGAAGUAACAUCUCAAACCAAAUCGAACUAAUUCGAACACAUUCGAGCCCUCACCAAAAAAAAAAAACGUUUGAGCAAUAACUUUUGAUUGUGUUCAUUUGCGCUUGGUUGAGUAUGGUUAGUUAGAUUGCACUCGAUUAGGUUUGAUGGCUUACACUUUGAGGUUGGAUGAUGACUGAAAAAUAGUGGUCAACUUUGGAUCGAUGGAUGGAUUGUACAAUGUAUUGGAAACAGGAUUAUGCACAUAGUAACACAGGCAUGCCUGGUUUCCAUAUGAUCGUCCUGUUUGUUCCAGCAAAUGACCCGGACGACUGAGACAACCUCGAUCGGUUGGAUAGAGUUGAGUUCUAUCUGGAUGAUUGUGUUAAUUUUGAAGCGAUCAUAUGGAAAUGCUCUCAGACAAAUGAGACAAUUAGGAUGAUAGAAGGCCAUCCCACAAAUAAUCACUCUUAUUCCAGUAAUCAGGAAUAAAUUGGGCCUGACGCCGCUGAAGUCGAAAAAAAAAUAGUACAAAAAUGUUUGCGCCGCAUAUGGGCGCUAUUUGAAACUAGAGAAAGUCCAUCAGAUCAAGUUCUUGAUGUGCUACUAUGGGUGCUUACCAUUUGACAGAAAAAUCCAGUUGGGGUGUCAAAAGCAUAAUGGUAAGCGAUUUACCAGUUUACCACAGAAUUGCCACAUCCGUAAUAGUUUGAAAUAUCCAAAAAAGGGGCGAAUUUGUGAAGUGUGAGUCUGGAACCGAGAAGGAACCAAGAAGUUGGUAAAUGGUCAGCAACAUUUCCAUUUGGUUUGUACCAACCGGAAUGAACAGACUUCCUCAAAACGUACUCCUCAAUUUUUGGUUGGAAUUUCCGAAAAGUGACCUUACCAUUUAUUACCUUCCAUCCGGAAUUUCGGAAAUUUUCUGUCAAAUGGUAAGCACCCUGUGUCUUUGUGGAACUUUUCUAGCUUGUCAACGCUGCAAAUUAAAAGUAAAAGUAGAUAGCAAGGUACAAGGUUUGCUCUUUGAUUAAAAUCCAUCAUUAUGUUUGGCUUGUUUGCAAAACAUGUACAAAAAUUCCACUGCCUGACCCAGACACAUCUCUGACCACAUCACGUUUCUUGUCUUUGAGACGAUAAUAAACAAUUAUUGGAUGAGGUUUUUGUGAUAUCCGGAAUAAUCAAGGUCGAGGUUCGGCUUCGGCUGAUAACACUAACCGAGACCUUGAUGAUUCCAGAUAUCACAAAAACCGAAUCUAAUAAUUGUUUUAUUAUACUUUAUCUUCAAGUAAUUACUCAAUUUCUUGCUGGGUCGAUGAGCGAAUCGAGAAGCCAUUCUUACUUUGCUGUCCGCGAACUUGACAUUGCUGUCCGUGCACUUGACAUUGCUCUUGGAAAUCAUGCAUUGCGCGCGCAACACUUUUAGCCUCAAAGUGUGAAUAAUCUGUAGGUUGCGCUGUUUCCCAGAAUUAACUGUAGGAUUUUUAGCCAAUGAGAAGACAAAUGGUGACUACAAUGUAUAAUAAAGAUGAUUAUCAGUUGUCGGGAUCAUCUCAAAAUAUUUUCAAACGACUGGGGUGAUUGUGUCAAUCCUCAGGAUCAUGGAAACCAGGCUUAACAAGAUUGCCAGCUAAUGCAGGCUACAUGUGUCUGCAGACUGACAAAAACAAAUCUUAACCUGCAAUGGAACUACAGUGAAGUAAGAUUAAUUUUCUUUUGCCUGUCAAAGUUUAUUUUCCAGGAUUUUUUUCUAUUUCACCCUCCUGUUUAUUCUCUCAUUUGUAAAAUCAUAGUAUCAUAGGGCCUGUUUUAAUGUGGUGAGCCAGCCUAGUUUGCCGAGCUAGCCCAUUUUACAAGGCUCGCUGGGUAAAAUUGUCAUUGUGUUUAUAUAAGAAGGCAAAUGGCCCGCUAGUUGAGGUUUCACCUUGAGCAAAUAGGAUCUUAGCAAGAUAAACAUAACAACAAUUUUAUAUGGAAACAAGGCAUGAGCCAAGCCUGCUCAGUAAAACGGACCAGCCCAUGCUCAUCUUAUUUAAACAGGCCCAUCGUAAGUGAUUGUACCAAACUCCUUUUUGAAUGACAAAAUGAUAUAAAGUGUGUGGAUCAAAUUCUAAAAUGUUGUACUAAGUUUGUUUGUUUUUUUUUCAGCUUUCAUUAUUGAAGGAGCAGAACCCUGUGUGUCCUUUAGAAAUGGUAAGUAGUAAAUUUAAAGACCUCCAAAGACAAGACUAAAAUAAUUUAUUUAUGUAUUUAUGUAGUUGUCAACAAUCAUGAAUAUACAGUCUACUCCUGAUAACUUGAACCUUCUAGGGGAAUUGAUUAAAGUUUGAGUUAUCGGGAGCUUGAAGGAAAUAACCGGAUGUAAGGAAAUAAGGCUGGAAAAGGAAUGCAAGUAUCAUGCAUACUUCACUUCAAGGGCAGCGAGAGAUAGAGAUGUGUUGAUCUUUAUUUUGAAGAAGGAAUUAAGCAACAAAGUAGAAAUAAAUAAAUAAAUUCAAUGUUUUGGACUGCAAUAAACUGAUUUUUUUUCUUUUUUGACGUGCCACAUGCUUAGAACAUGGUUCAAGUCAUCGAGGGUAAAAUAAUUGAAAUUAUAUGAAGGGAAACAAAAAUUACUUUGAGUAAGCGGGAGGCUCGAGUUAUCAAGGGUUCGAGUUUACUGAGGGAAAAAUUGACAGGUCCUUAAAAGGGACAAUAUGUACCCAUACGUUGUCUCUGUGUUAUCAAACAUGUCUCUCUUCCUUGAAAAUCACACACGAAGUCAUUGCAAUAUUAAAUAUAGUACUAAAUUUGUUUCAAAGUUCUUGAUUUGUUUAUAUUUCAGACCUCAGUAACGCUGAACAAGAGGUUUUCUGACUACCUGAGUUCAUCAGAGGGCCCUUUCAAAGUCCUUGGAGAAACCCUUAACGUCACUAGUGCCAUUUGAACAAAGUAAUGCCCAGUUUAUUUUGUUAUUAUUUUUUGGGGAGGAGGGUGGGGGGGUAGGAUUAAAAAGAAAUGCAUUUGAAGUUAGAAGUAAAAUAUGUGGAUUAGCAAAAUGAACCUUACGCGUCUGUAGCUCUCAUUUGUUUUGUUGACAAAGCAUAUAGAUCUUCUUAGAUCCAUCAAACAAUAUCUUCCUCUAAACGAAUGCAUCAAAAUCAACAUCAAAAUGUUAUAUUAUUAAUAUUUAUCCGUUUUUACCUUUUUUUUACUGCUUUUACACUUUUUAAUAGCUGUAAGUUAGUUAUAUAUAUUUCAGGGAAGGGCCACAAGUGGUGGCCAGAAUGGUGACUUGACCAGCAAAAAACUUCACUCACUGGUCACGCAAACUCUCACUCUUCAACAAACAGCCAAAUCCUCACCUGUACAUCUCAGAAUACUCUCUUUGUAAAAAUAAAAUCACAUUUGUUAAUAGAAAAUUACACAAGGAUUAGUUAACUUCUUUUUCCAAAUACAUGUAUUUCGGCUGGUCAGAAUGAGACUUGACCAAGCAAUAUUUUCUUUGGCUGGUCAUCAUGUCUGGCUUUAGUGCACCAAUGAUAUUUUGGAUUCUAGGAUUAACAUUCACUUUUAUUUCUUGAGACAACAGGAGUGUACAAUAGCUGUUUCUAAAAUGACAAAAUUGUCUUCAUUCUAUUUUCUAGCAUCAAAGUAAAAUUUUCAGUGGUGCUUCAGUCUUCAAUGCUCCUGUACAAGAAGUCCUUCAUUAAAGUUAGAGAUACAGUCAAGAAAAGCACUUUUAUGUCAUGAUGAUGAUGAUGAUGAUGAUGAUGAUGGUGGUGGUGUUGAUGGUGCCAUGGUGAUCUGGUAACUGAUAUGCUCCUAUUUUACUUCAACGUGUUACAUGUACAUUGGUACUUCAGGGUUGGAUCUAGAAACUUCAGAAAGGGGUGGCCAGGACACUUGCCCACUUGCCAGCUAUAUAGAUACAUGUACUUUUUAUUUUCUAAGAAUUCUUUAAAAAUAAUGCAAAAUUUCAAAGAAAAAGGGGUUGCUGCAGCCCCCUCGGCCCACUCCUUUAUCUGCCCUUGUACUCUAAUUACCCGUCAAUAAGCCAG